AUGAGGAACCUGCCCGUGGCCCUGCUGGCGCUGCUGCUGCCGGCGGACUCAGGUGUCCUCAUCCUGGCCAGGCUGGACCCUGCCCCGGCGACGGGGCUGGAUCCCGGCGAGGACCCGCUGAGCCCGGAGGGCCCCGUGCUGUGGCUGCUGCGCAGCGCCGCGGAGCGCGUGGGGCCGCCGGAGCCGGGCGCCGCCGAGCUCACGCGGGAGCAGGCUCUGCUCUACUUCUUCGCGCUGCACGACCACGACGGCAGCCGGCGCCUGGACGGGCUGGAGCUGCUGCAGGCGCUGAGCGAGGCGCCGGCGCGACGGGACCCGGCGCACCCAGCCCCCGACACGGCGGCCGCGCUCGUGGACCGCAUCCUGGAGACGCGGGACCUGGACGGCGACGGGCUGCUGGACCCCGCCGAGCUGCUGCUGCCGCCGCCCGGCGGGGCCCUGGGCGCCCCAGAGGUGCCGGCGGGGGCCGGCGCGGCCGCGGGCGCCGUGGGGCCCGAGCCGGGCGCGGAGCUGAGCGAGCUGGGGCAGGGCCCGGAGCUGCCGGCCGGCGCCGCUGCCCCAGAGCACACGGACACCGGGGGGAUCUAG